AUGUCACCUGAACUCGAAAAGCUAGUGAACUUUCUGGUGUAAACGACAAAAAACGCGACCGAACCGGUCGUGGCAAAACCGAUUUUUGAGCGCUUCCGGGUUUCGGACAAGACGGUGUCCCGGGCAACUCAUUCGAAUAGGUUCAGAAAAAAAAUCGUACCACAAAUGCAGAAAUUCACGCAACACAGUGUGGAAUCGCGGAUUCGUGUGAUGUUUGCGCUGGCCGGUGAAGUCAAUGCGAAAUUUCUCGCACAAAUAAAAAAACGGGCGAGGUUCGUCUCGAUGACAAACAGCGAAUCAUCGAAUACGCCUCAAAAAAUGGGAAAAUCGUAUUGAAAGGCGAUCAUAGUGCGUCGGCGCAGAGGAGAAGAGGAUUGAAAAGAAGGCGUGACGGAGAAGGAACAUCAGCUCCACACGCAGAAGAUUCGUCUGAUGAUGAUGUGGAAUUUGUCGGAUUGGUUCCCUGCGUGCCGAAACAGGAACCCGCUGCUCGAAUCGAUUUCGACGAAUAUUUCAACAGAGACGUGUCGUUCAAUCCGGAAAUGCAGCAAGUUCCACCAGCGAUCGACCGCAAUUGUGAGAAUCCAACAUUUGAUGAGACAGACACCAAGAACAAUGUGCAGCUUGUCGGUGCAACUCGUAAUGGAUCAAACUCGGAUGGAAUCAGCUUGCACAUGCUGGUGAAACGAUUGAAGGAAAUGCUCAUCUACCUUGGAAGCGAUUACACUCACUUAAUGGGCAAAAUUUACUACUUGUUGGCGAUCAGAGAUGAGAAACUCAAUGCAGAAGACGUGAUCGCGUUCCUGAAGACGUUCCUCAUCAUCAAUACUGCACGAAAAUUCCGAUUGUCAACCGAAUCUAUUGGCUACACGAAAUCGUCGAAAAAGCGUGCCACGGAGUUCUUGUCUAUUCUCAAAUUUGUUUUGCUCAAUUUGGAGUCUCCACAAAUGCAGGAAUUUCAAAACGAAAUCGAAAAUAAAAUUGAGAAUAUUGGAGCCGUUGAGAAGGUUAUUCUCGUCGUCGAUGCCCAGGAAGCCAUCCAACAAAUUCUUAGCACAUUUUCCAGCUCCUGA